UAGUCUUUGUAGCGGUCCGGGCUCCUCACUCAGGCUGUGCCCGGGGUCAUUCACAGUCACGGCGGCUGACAGCUCGGCACGGGAUGCAGGCUGUGAGGGCUCAGUUCGUUUGUGACCUAUGACUGAGGAAGAGAAGAAAUGGAGAAGGAGGCAAGCCGUCUGGAAAGAGCUCAUGUCCACAGUGUUUAUGAGCAGAUCGCUCCUUACUUCAAUGACAAGCGCUACAAAGCUUGGCCGAAGGUACAGGAGUUUCUACUGGAGCAGGAGCCCGGGAGCCUGAUUGCUGAUAUAGGAUGUGGAAACGGAAAAUAUCUUCAUAUCAACAAUAAGUCCUUCAAAGUGGGAUGUGACUAUUGUUUUCCACUGGCGGAUUCUGCACGAAAUCAUGGCUAUGAAGUAAUGGUGUGCGAUGGACUUAAUCUACCUUACCGUGCCGGCUGCUUUGAUGCUGCUCUUUCCAUAGCAGUGAUCCAUCAUUUCUCGACUAAGGAGCGUCGCAUUCAAGCUAUUAAAGAGAUAUCUCGGAUUUUGAAAUUUGGGGGCAAAGUGAUGAUUUAUGUGUGGGCAAAAGAGCAGAAGAAGAGAAGAUUUGAGAAGCAAGAUAUUCUUGUUCCAUGGAAUUUGGAACCAAGUGCACCAGACCUCUCCUCUGAGGACCUUGAGCAAUCCAUGAAACCAUAUCUACGGACAAAUCCUAUAAACAAUCAAUCCAACAGCACGGAUACCACUAUUAAAAUUCACAGCAGUGAAGAACGUUGUUCCUUUAUAAGCGAAAGAGAAACCAAUGGCAAAACAUUUGGAAACCUUUCCAAAUCCAGCAUUCUGUCCAGGUCCCUUGAUUCAGGUUUAGAUGUGGACAGUAAGCGUGACGGUAAUAUCCAAAAGUACCAAGGGCUAUUGGGUAGGUUUUAUGAUUAUUGCAUUCAGAUUACAAUGUCUAAAAGUGGAUCACCAUUUGAGUUGUCCAAGCCUGGUAGUUUUCUAAAACAGAUUGGUGACUUCUUUCCCAGACAUAUACAAAACUUUGAUGGAACUGUUUUCAGACAAACUGAAUCACCAAUUCAGCCACUGCAAAUUAUGAGUUCCAAUAUUGAUCACCCAACUAGAGUGGAUGUAAUCAAGGCAUACAGUAAAGUUCCUUUACCAGAUCUGGUUGAUAGUCAUCAUAGUAAACCUCCGAAAUGCACUGCAAAUUAUGCAGAACCUUACAAAACCGGGUCCAAAAAACAAUGUGACAAUGCAGACUUGGAAUGCGAGGUGUUUUCAGGAAACCCCCAUAAACCAGAAAGUAGUAAUAAUAAAUGUUUUAGGUACUAUCAUAUUUUUAAAAAGGGAGAAUUAAAAGAACUUAUUGAAAACUAUGUUCCAGAGCUUCAUGUUGUGACAGAUUUCUUUGAUCAUUCAAAUUGGUGUGUUGUUGCUGAAAAAGUUCAAAUUCUGAAGCUCUGAGUCUGUCUAAUCUCAAUUUUUUUUUUAAAGAAACGGAUUUUAUUUGCAAA